UUGUAGGCAAGGAAAUUGAUGACACUACUUGGGCCUAGCGCCCCUGGCAUGGCCUUUAUGAUGAAAAAGAAAAAGUACAAGUUCAAUGUGGAAGUCCAGCUGCAAGAUCUGGUCGAGGUGGCUCUGGUCAAUGAGGUGCUCUUUGCCAAGAUACGGCUACUGGACGGUGGCUCCUUCCAGGAGUACAGCAGUCGCGAGGAGGUCCGCAAUCAUCGCGUUGAAUGGAAUCGCAGCUUUGAGUUUCCCUGCAAGAUGAGCGCAAAUGCCUCCACAGGCGUCCUAGAUCCCUGCCAUUUGCGCAUCUCGAUCCGUAAGGAAAUGAAGGGCGGUCGCAGCUAUUACAAGCUCGGCUUUAUCGAUCUAAAUCUGGCGGAGUUCGCCGGCGCCGGUCUGACAUCACGUCGUUUUCUGCUCGAGGGAUACGAUGCACGCCAUCGACUGGAUAACUCAAUGCUGAGAGUUAGCAUCAAAAUGCAUAUGCUAAGCGGGGAUAUACUCUUCAAGGCGCCCACGCCCAGUUUGAAGAACAAGCCCAGCAAACCCUCUGCAGAUGAUCUGGCCAAUGAUGUGGCAUGUGGCGGUAGUCUACAGACGCCAACGGCCACAGCAUUGUCCAGCAUGGGCAGCGGCAGUGGCGGCACAGCCAUACCUCUGGGUGGCAGUGGCGCCACCCUGGGCGGCGUGGCCAGCACAGUGAGUGCAGCGGGCACGCGACCUGUCUCCACCGCCAGGGAUGAGGUAGUAGAUCUCGACACACAGAUCAUGAUAGCGGCAAUUGUCACUGACUCCGGCUUGUCCGAGUCCUCGGAAUCAGCUGUGACGCUGACCACAGACAAUCUGCAGCAGCAUGUGAUUGCCUCAGCCAGUGCCACAACGCCUGUGACGGUUAGCCAACCGGCGCCCGGCUUGGGUGUGAUUGGCAGCAAUAAUUAUGGCACCACAGGCGCUAAUGUGGGCGUUGUUAAUACGGCGGCGCUUAUGGAAAUGGGACACUCCAGGAAUUCCAGUAAUACUAGUCAAAUGUCAAAGGGUUCGGGUUAUAGUAGUUUUUCGCACAGUCAACAUUCGAGGCAAAGCUCCGAGGGUGACUCGGGGCAUGCUAGUCGUUUUAGAAAAUCCGUUUCUCUACUUAAUAGGCUCAAUCAGAGAGCUAUAAAUGCCAUGAAAUUGAAUAUACACAAAGCGGAGCAACCACAGCCCCAGGGACUGGGCUUGGGCCUGGGACUGCGCCUGGGUCUGGUGCAGGAACAUCAAGUCGGUCCAGAGAGCAAGCCGCAGGCAACUGUCAGCCUCCUCAGCACCACCAUCGAAUAUGAAAGCGAAGAGCUGCUCUACCAAACACCGAAUGCCACACUAAAUCCCGGCGACCAGCAGCAGCAUCAGUUGUCUGGCUUUGAGGAUUUUCUCACGCCCAUGGCGGAGAUGCCGCUGCCAUCGUUGUUGCAGGCAACGCAGUAUUAUGAUAGCGCCGAGACGACCAGUGAAUCGGACGAAUAUGCCCCAGAGGAUUCAGGCGAUAAUGAUUCGGGCUUGGAGGAGAACUAUCAUACGCCGCGUGUGGCCAAAAUCAAGUCCAUGGAGAAUCUGUCCAUACUUGAAAUGGAAUUUCACAAGGCCUCCAUGGAGCUAGAUCGCAAUUCACCACGGCGUCUCAAACAGCUGGCCGAACGUGCACAAAUACCGAAAAUGAAAUCGCUAAAUAAUCUGUGCUUCGACGACUACUCGGAGGAGGCGGUGCGUAAGGAAUUUGAACGCAUACGCGAUCAAUCACUGGAGGAGCGUAUGCGUGUCCAGCAGCACAAUCAUCACCACCAGCAUCAUCUGUAUAUGCACAGCUAUAAUCUGCGCAAGAAUUCGACCACAUCGAAUAGUUCAUCGGGCAAACUGUUUGUCAAGCAUCAGACGCAUCAUCAGCAUCAAUCGAAGGUGGGCAAUGCCAAGUUCAUUGGGCAGGAUGGCGGCCAGGAGAGUCCAGCGACGCCGUCGCAUUAUCCCAUACAGAAGAUGCGCUCGAUGGGCACCAUACCCGACGUCGUAAGCGAACGCAUCGAAGCUGAUCCAUUUCUGACGCCCACCAGCGAGCGGCGGCCCAGCUUCAAUCGGCUCAUACAGUCGGCGGAUAAGCCAGCGCUGGGUAACAGCUAUGUGAAUCGUUUGCUUACCUACGAUGUGGUCGAUUCCCCGGCUGAUAAUUUCGCAGAUGGUGCCUCAUUCAUGUCACGGACGCCGUUUGAGCGUGCCUAUCGUCGCAGCAUGCUCCAGGGCACAUCGUCCACGCCGCUGACCACACAGGAACCCAUCCAUCAUUUGGUUCGGCCACAUUCCACAAAUGCUGCCUACGAGCUCAUGAGAAGCUUCAGCGGUGUGCCACGUCGCCUCUUCGACAGCGGCGGCAACAACAAUUGCAACAGCAGCGCCAACAACAGCAGCGGCGGCAAUCGACAGCCCACAGCGGUGUCGGCGGCGGCAGCGGCAGCAGCAGCUGCUGCAGCUGGAGCUGGAGGCGGAGCAUCGGGAGGAUCCUAUGGCUAUGCACUGGGCAGCAGCUGCUCACCGUGCGGCACUUUAGCCAGCAUCCAUUCAAAUCACUCGGCCUCCUCGUCGAACGGCAGCAACAGCAGCAGCAGCGGUGCCCUCAUCACCUUUCAGUGCAAUCCGGAUACUGUGGAUGGACCGUCACAACAGACGCUGAUUGGCUCACCGAAUGGGCAUGCCAAUAGCCCAAGGAUUGGCAAUGUCAUGUCGGGAGAUGCGCUCAGCUCGCUGGCAGCCAGUCCCACAGAUGCGUGCAGCAUACGCUCCAAUCCAUCGGCUGCAUCGCUGCUGCUCUCCACAUCGGCUGCGGCAGCGGAGGCAUCGGCUCUAGCCUCGGCGACCACGAUGUCUGUCUCGGGCGCAACGCUCUCUCCGCUGGCCACCACACAGAUCAUCCGUCGGCCCAGCAUCACCAUGAUGAAUCCCAGUUCCGGCUCGUUAGUUAUAAGUGAAACAGGAUCUCUAGAUCGCACGAAAACCAGCGGUGAGAAGCGCAAAAAGGGCGCCCUCGAUGAUGGGCCACGCGUUUCGGAUCGUGUCGAAGAGACGCGCGUCAACCCCAAUUCGUUAAUAGAUGAGAUUUUAAAGGAUACCAAACUAGAUCAGCUAGGCGAAUCCGCCGAGACAUCUGGAUUGCAGCUCUAUAUAGCACGCGAUGGCACCGCCUCGCUUGGAGGGCAUGAAGUCAAGUCGAAUGUGAGGGCGGGUGCCUUUAAACAGGUGGUCAUGCAGGAUCGAAGAUAGUAGCAGUUCCACGAUUCUAAUGUGUGUGUUUCGUAAAAUGUAUUAAGAAGACUAAAACAAAACAGAAAAAAA